CCUCACUUCACCCUCUCUCCCUUUUCAUUCCCGCUUCUGCGUCAAAAGAGUGCCUUUGAACAGUUUCAUCAUCGUCAGGAUGAACUCAUUUGUCAAAAAUUCCCACGGAGGUGGCGGUCACUCCAACGGCCGGCCUCGCAGUCGGCAGCAAGUAGCAGCUAAUGCCAAAGUUACGUAUGAGCAGGUACAAGCCAACAAAAAGCAACCCCGCGUCGAAGCGAACACAGCUGCUCAGCAACAUGCUCCAGCUCAGAAGCGUGGUAUCGGGCAACAUGAUCAACCCGUUGGUUUGCGGCAGCUUCCUCAACUUGGUCGUGGUGCUCGGAUGCAUCAGGAUGCUUAUGGGACGGAUGCGGAGAGUAUCGACACAACAGUCCAGGGUGGUUCGGUCCAUCCGCAGCAAAUUAAUGGGGAGUCCGACUACGGGGAUGACGUUUCAGAGGGAGAGAUGUAUGACGAGGAAGAGGAAGGUGAGGGAGAAGAGGAUAUUGGGGACCAACAAUACUACUAUGAGGAACCCAAAUAUACGCCCCACAACCUCCAAGAGCUCGUCCAAGGCGUACCUGCUGACAUCCGAGGCCAAGUGCAAGGGCGACUUGCGCAAUAUAACCAAUACGGCGCCCAUGACCUCUCCUACCCAAGCACAACGUCUGGUAACCCUGAGAACGUCUCCGACCAUUUCGAAAGCAAACAAGAAUCGAUUGUGGACGAGGAAGAGAACCAAAGUCACAUAUCCCCCACUCCACAGAGGGAGGUGAAGGAGAUGUUCGCGUCCAUUGGCCCUGCCCUGCAACGCCCUUCCAGUGCAUCAGAACUCCCGCAUCCGGCUGAAGUUAAUCGAAACAUAUUCAAACAAGGCGCUAUGAUCCGUGGGAACCGACCUGCUACAGUGAUGGGCGUGCGGCCAGUUCAACAGAGAACAAGUACGGAUCCACAGCUGGGUCUGCCACACAGCAAUACCCAGAAUGAUAGACACCACGCCGUCCCUGGUUCUGCUCAUGUCAAAAAGGAAGAUGAAGUGACAAACGUCCAAGAUCGCCAAGCGCUUCCUCAGCGUGGUGCUGGUACGCGACGCCCCCUCGCUCCGGCACCGACGCAAGCUGCAAAACCCACCAAACCAGUCGCCAUUGCCGCAGCUGUUGCUCCAACAAGGCCACCGCCACCUGUGACUGUCCAGCCACUGUCACCUCCUUCCACCGAACAAAAGAUGCACCCUAGUAGCCCUCACGGCGGGCUGCUUGAAGAUUAUGAUCUCCCGGCAUUAUACACCAUGGAGUAUGAGCAGUUGAAGAAUGAGGAUUUUGACACCGUGCCCCGAGCGCCGCCGCCCGUGCUCUCUGAGGAUAUGGCGAAGAAACCUCUCCAUGAGCGUCUGGAACACGUGCACCGAAGUUUGGACGCUGUUGAUCAGUCCAAGUUUUUCGCCUCCAUUCCCACCGCUGAGUGGGAGGAAGCAGGAGAAUGGUUCCUGGAACAAUUCGGAGAGAUCAUGAAGAGAACGCGCGAGGCGCGGCAGGCGAAGCGGAAACUGGCGAUAGCAUUCGAAGAAGAGGUGGAGAAGCGUCAUCGACAUGUCGUAAAGAAGCAGCGCCAGGUCGAUGAAGCUUUGCAGAAGAUGAGUGCGCAAGGACAGGGUCUCAUCCCUCCCAAGAGUCCUGGACGAGGCUCGAAGUCUCCGCCAAGGCGCUGAUACGAGCUUCCGUUGUGCUUUGCACGUCUCUACGACUCCGACGAUUUGAUGGCUUUACGCAUGAAUUAUGAGGGAUGUUAGGCGGACUUCUCGUCCAUGAUGAUCGUUGUCAUCAAAAACGGCCAAUCUACACAUGAUUUUAUCGCAAUA